GUUCCCGUAACGGGACCGCGUCAGCUCAGCCGCCCUCAGAUUGUCCGGCAGUGGCUGCCGGGAAGUGUAGUUCCCUCAACCCCUGACCUGGCGUAACGUCUACCAGCGCGGGACUAUAUCUCCCAGAAGCCCCCGCGGUCCUGUCAUAGGCCGAUAGAGGGCUUGCUCGUUGUAACUCAUAACUCAAAUAUCUGCCCAGGACUGGUCCUCUGGCAGCUGUGUAAGGCCGGUGAGGCCCCCGUGGCUCCGUUUUGACAGGGGAUUGCCGACUCGGGGAGCCGGGUUUUUUUCAGGCACCGCUGAGGGCAGCCCCCGGGAGAGAGCCGGCGUGUUCCGGUCGGGGAGUUGCAGUCCCAAGAUGGCGGCGCCGUUGGCGGUAAAUUCAGGAGCCAGUCUCUGGGGUCCGUACAAAGACCUCUGGCAGACAGUGCUAAACGCGUUGCUGAAGAGACAACCAGAAGCCGUUCAUGUGUUGGACAUACUGCUAAAGAAGCAUAAACCUGACUUCAUCUCCCUAUUCAAAAAUCCGCCAAAGAGCGUCCAACAGCAUGAAAAAAUCCAGAAAGCCAGCACGGAGGGGAUCGCCAUUAAAGGCCAGCAGGGGACACGGGUCCUCCCAGAGAUGCUCAUCAAAGAAGCCUUCAUUCUUAGCGACUUGUUCAAUAUCGGAGAGGUGGCUGCGGUGGAGCUGCUGCUUGCAGGAGAACACCAACAACCUAAUUUCCCCGGUCUGACGCGUGGACUGGUCGCUGUUCUGUUAUACUGGGAUGGGAAGAGGUGUAUCGCCAACUCCUUAUGUACCCUCAUCCAGUCCCGGAAGGGCAAGACAUUCACAAUGGAUCUCGGCCCAGAAGUGGUGUCCAUGACGACGCGUUUUACGGACGGUCUGAUGGAAAGUGGACUGACGCAGAAGAUCCUCACCUUGGUCUCACAAAUUGAUGUCAACAGUGAAUUUAUUAAGCUUCAGAGAGAUAGAGGACUGGGCAAUGAAGAGCAUCGCAAACAGGUAUCGGACCUCAUAAAGCAAUGCCGGCAGUCACUGGCCGAAAGCCUCUACUCCUGGGCCUGCCAAUCCCCGCUGAACAAGGAUAAUACUCUUCUCCUGAUUGGAUACCUGGAGAAGGUCACCGUGGAAGCCGACGGCACAUUGGACAGUGUUAACCUCUACCUACUUAUGGCUGUUCUAUACUGCUUUGAUGUAGGAUAUUUGGAACUGGGAACAGAGGACAGAGAUGAACGACUGCUGCAGACCCCUCUGCUUACGGAGAGACAGUACGUUGCAGCCAUACAUCACCGACUGCAGGACCCCCAGCCAUGGAAGUUAGCCGGCUUACAAGCCACGGUGCGGCUGGCGUGGGCGCUCGCCCUCAGGGGCAUCUCCCAGUUAUCAGAAGUCACAGCCCUGGCCGAGUUCACCGAGGCAGAUGAAACAAUUGCAGAGGUGGCCAUUGGGGGCAAUGCUUUCCUGUUCAUCACCGAGUCAGUGGUGGGCUCCGAGGUCUUCUCCCAGGAGGAAUUCUUCAUCCGUAGGAUUCACACACUCAUCACCGAUUUCCUGACACGAAUGCCCAUGAAAGUUAAGCAGCUAAGAAAUCGGGCUGAAGAGGAUGCCCGUUUAAUCCACAUGAGCAUGCAGAUGGGAAACGAGGCCCCCGCGUCACUUCGGCGAGAUCUAGAACAUGUCAUGUUAUUGAUUGGCGAGCUGUACAAGACAGAUCCCUUCCAUCUUGAACUGGCUCUGGAAUAUUGGUGCCCGACCGAGCCACUCCAGAAAACCACCUUGAUGGGGUCUUACCUUGGGGUCGCUCACCAGAGACCACCUCAGCGCCAGGUCCUGCUGUCCAAGUUUGUGAGACAAAUGAGCGACCUGUUACCGGCCACUCUGUACAUCCCUUACCUGAAGAUGCUGCAGGGUCUGGCCAGCGGCCCCCAGUCCGCCCAUUAUUGCUUCAGUUUUCUGAAGGCCAACAGCAGCGGCCAUGCAGAGAGUUUGCAGGCGUCUGGUGGCAGCCCCGUCUCCUGGGAACACUUCUUCCACUCGCUAAUGCUGUACCACGAACAGUUACGUAGGGACGUGCCGAGUGCCGACAGCGUCCACCACCGUCACCCGCCCCUCAGGGGCAUCACCCAGCGCGAGAUGGAUGGGCUCAUUGCGUAUCUGCAGCUCACGACGACGGUCAUUGAAUGGAGUGAGAGUGCCCGCAUGGCUCUUUGUGAUCACGCCCAGUGGACGCCAGUGGUUGUGAUCCUAGGGCUGCUGCAGUGUAGUAUUGCUCCCGUCCUGAAGGCGGAGCUGCUGAGAACACUGACCGCAUUUGGGAAAUCUCCGGUGAUAGCUUCUUCUCUCUGGCAAUCCUUGGAGUAUACUCAGAUUUUGCAAACUGUGAGACCUCCCGGAAGACGGGCAGCGGGAAUUGAAGUUGAACUGAAUGAAAUUGAGUCCCGGUUUGAGGAGUACCCGCUUACCCGAGCUUUCUGCCAGCUCAUCGGCACUUUGGUGGAAGCCUCGUUUCCAUCCAAUCUUGGAGCUGGUUUAAGAGCCCCUGGCUUUGAGCCGUACCUCAAGUUUCUCCGUGAUGCCGUGUUUCUUCAGUUCCGCACCAGAGCGUACAGGAGACCUGCAGAAAAGUGGGAGGUGGCAGAAGCUGUGCUUGACGUCUUUUACAAGCUCCUGAGAGAUUACGAGCCACAACCUGAAGACUUUGUGGACCAGAUUGUGGAGUCCCAAGGGGAAGAGAAGGCAGCCUUCAAGCCGCCUGGUUUCAGUCUGAUGCACCAUCUCCUUAAUGAGUCCCCCAUGUUGGAGCUGUGUCUCAGCUUGCUGGAAGAAGGCGUCACCCAACUGGACACCUACGUCCCAUUUCCCGGUAAGAAGCACCUGGAGAAGGCGGUGAUGUGCUGUUUCAUGCUCCUGAAUUUAACGUUCCAGAAGGAGAAUAGCUUCAUGGACUUCCUGCGAGGGAGCCACCUCUCUCUGAUUGUCACCCCACUGGAACAGCUGCUGCAGGGCAUCAAUCCGAGGUCUAAGAAGGCAGAUCACGUGGUGAAUAUUGCCAGGUAUCUCUACCACGGCAGGGACAACCCCGAACUGGCGUUUGAAAGCGCGAAGAUCUUGUGCAGCAUUUCCUGUAAUGCCAACAUCCAAGCGAAGCUCGUCGGGGAUUUUACCCAGGACCCGAACGUGAGCCAGAAGCUAAUGGCCGGCUUUGUGCAGUGUUUGGACAGCGAGGAGUCCGAGGAGGUGUUUAAUGUCAGCGAAGAAAGUGAAAUAGAAGAAAAGGAAAAGGCCACGGUCCACCACGACACCAAAAUCCACAUCCUCAAUCUCCUCAUCACCUCCCUUGAAAUGAAACCCCCAAACCUGGCCUUAUACCUCCUGGGCUUCGAGGUGAAGAAACCAGUCAGUACAACAAACCUGCAGGACUCUGGUGUCUUGGGCUGCCCACGGACCUGUCUGCAUUCUAUCCUGGAUAUCCUAAAGACCGGGACAGAGGGGAGGACGGGGCCUGUAGCAGUGUGGGAGACCCCUCACCUUGCCGAGCUGUGCUAUCAGGUAAUCCACCAACUGUGUGCGUGCGGAGACACCUCCGGCCCUACCAUGCGAUACCUCCGUACUAGCCAGGAUUUCCUGGUCACCCAGCUCCAGCACCUGCCCUUCUCCAUGAAAGAACAUGAAAUUUAUGCCCUAAAUCAAAUGUCCUGGCUGAUGAAGAUAUCGUCCAUUGAACUGCGCAUUACGUCUUUAAACCGCCAGCGAUCCCAUACACAAAGGUUGCUCAACCUUCUACUGGACGACAUGCCUGUGCGGCCGUACGCAGAUGGUGAAUCUGGAAUGGAGGAUGAGAGUCGGAACCGCGAUGUUUUUCUUCACUUUGACACAACAACGAAAGUGCGAAGGAAAAUCCUCAGCAUCUUGGACUCCAUUAACUUCAGCCAGGUGAUCCCGGAGCCUCUGCAGCUGGACUUCUUUGACCGCAGCCAAAUAGAGCAAGUGAUCACUAACUGCGAGACCAAGAAACGCAGAGGGCAUACAAACUGCAACAUCAAGCUUCUCCAUCGCGUUCUGAUAUCGGAAGUCAACGCUCUUCAGGGAAUGGCUGCCAUUGGUCAGAGGCCUUUACUCAUGGAGGAGAUAAACACCAUCCUGCAGUACGUAGUAGAAAGGAACAAGCUCCUCCAGUGUCUGCAUGCCAAGCGUCACGCCCUGGAGUCUUGGAGGCAGCUGGUGGAGAUUAUUCUGACCACCUGCCCUCAGGAUCUUAUCCAGGCCGAGCAGAGGCAGCUGAUAAUCCGGGAUCUUCUUCAGGACGUGCACGACAAGAUUCUGGACGAGGAUGCUGCUCAAGAGCUGAUGCCGGUGGUAGCCGGAGCCGUGUUCACCCUCACCGCUAACCUGAGUCAGUCCAUACGCACCGAGCAGAAGCAGCCGCUGACUGCUCCCGGGGCGAACCAGUCGCAGUACGUGCGCAUGUUGGACGGGACCUUUGCUUCUUCCCCGGGACCCGAAACCCUGUCUGCAGGCUUCGCCUCUAUCGGAGACUCUUCACUUCACAUGAUUCUCCGGAAGCUGCUGGAAUUCAUUCUCAAAACAGGCGGAGGCUUCCAGAGAGUACGAGCCCAUCUGUAUGGAUCGCUGUUGUAUUACCUACAAAUAGCCCAAAGGCCGGAUGAACCUGACACGCUAGAAGCAGCUAAUAAGACCAUGUGGGAGAGGCUGACUGCCCCUGAGGACGUCUUCAGCAAGCUACAGCGGGACAACAUGUCCAUAUUGGAGAGCUACGGGGCCACUCUGAUGGAGGUGGUCUGCCGAGACGCCUGUGACGGCCACGAGAUAGGCAGGAUGCUGGCGUUGGCUCUGCUGGACCGGAUUGUCUCUGUGGACAAGCAGCAGCAAUGGCUGCUCUAUCUUUCCAACAGCGGGUACCUCAAGGUAUUGGUGGACAGCCUGGCACAAGACGAUGGCAUCUUACAGAAUCUGCUGACUCCUCAGCCUCCGAUGCUGAAGGCUCUGUAUAUUUAUGAGUCCAAAAUGGCGUUCCUGACCCGUGUGGCUAAGAACCAGCAGGGAGCUCUGGAGUUGCUGCGCUGCGGGGUCAUCGUACGACUAGCGCAGUGCCAAGUGUAUGACAUGCGCCCAGAGACAGAUCAGCAUGGACUGUACGGCAUGAGAGAAGCUCCAGUCUUUAUACCCGCACCUGUGGAAAGGUACAGGCACAUUCUGUUACCCGCUCUUCAGCUGUGCCAAGUGAUCCUGACCUCCAGCACAGCGCAGAACCUGCAGGUGGCUGGACAGGUGUUACAGUUCCUGAUUGCUCACUCCGAUACGAUACAAGCUAUCCUCAGGAGCCAGGAGGGGAGUCUCGGGUCUUUACAGGAACUGGCCCUGCUUACAGGCAUCAUCAGCAAAGCUGCUCUUCCAGGUGUACUCAGUGAGUUGGACAUCCAUCUAAAUGAGGGCACCGUGAUCGAAUUGCACAGACUCUUUGGCCGAUACCAGCACCUCUGCCUGGCUUUACUAAACCGCUUUGGGGGCUCAGACAAACUCCGCCAGCUCAAUCUUCAAGGCGACGGCUCACAGUUGGACGGAGUGAGUAAGAAAGACGACAUGGAGCUGGCGAUGCAGCAGAUCUGUUGUAACGUGAUGGAAUACUGCCAUACGCUGAUGCUACAGAACGCCCCUAACCUCCAGCCAAUGGUGUGUCUGUUCACACCCAGCCUGAUGGAGAGCAGCAGCAGGGAUGGCACCAGAUUAGACACCCAGGGAUCCCUCUUUCACACCGGGAGGUCGCCCGGUUUGGGCAUUGUGUUGGCUCUUCUGAAACAGUGCUCCAGCGACUUCUUCACCUACUACGACAUCCACCGGCAGAGCAUGAGCAAGCUGCAGAACGUGGAGCAGCUGCCACCGGACGAGAUCAAAGAGUUGUGCCAGACCGAGACGCCGAUCGGGGUGGACAAAAUCUCGACCACGCAGAAGUAUGUGCUGGCACGGAAGAGACUGGUGAAACUAAUCAAUAGCAGAGCUAAGCUGCUGUCAAUCUGCUCCUAUAUCAUAGAAACCUGCCUCUUCAUACUGUGGCGCCAUCUAGAGUAUUACCUGCUCCAGUGCACCCCAAGUGACAACCAGGAGUCGCUGUUCUCCAGUACAUCUUUUAGCAUCAGAAAGUUCCAAGAUACACUCAAUAACGACCUCAACACAGACCUCAGGACGCAGAACAAAGUGACCCAACAAGACCUAGAUAUACUGCAGAGAGAAGGGGCUAAUUUAUUUGGGGAAUCCCUACAGAAGCGCCUGUUGGACAUGGAGAGCAUGUACUCAAAGGUGAAGUCUCGGCACAGCUUUAUCCAGGCGCUGGUCAGGAGGAUAAGAGGUCUCCUGCGAGUAUCUAGAGCCUGAUGGGGAAAAAAAGACGUUACGCCAAAAUGUACACCAUUUAUUUUCUACCUUCUAAAUUAUGGACAGCCUUUUUCACUUUUCCAGAUGAAUGAUAAAAAAUAAAUUGUAUAUGACAUUUUUUUAUUGCCACUACAAAUGGAUUAAAAUUGUACAUGUCA